AUGUCUACUCCGAACAUUGCCCAAGAUUUUCCCGAACUUUUUGAUCUUCAGUCCAACCGCUUUGGGGACGAUUUCAGCUCCCCAGAGUCCAAUAUGCUUUCGCCACAGAACUCGUUCUUUAGCCAGAUGGGGGACGUCGCUCCACCAGGAACCGUGUCUCCCAGGGAUCUGUUCAUCGAUGCCUCGGCUCCUCCAUCAGCUACUUUCACUGACCUCAGCACUCCUCCAUUGGAUACGCCUGGUUACUUCAGUCAGAACACAUCUCCCAUGAUCAACACUGAGAUGGAUCUGAAUGCAGCACCCGAGGAGUGGGAGUCUCUCUUCCCGCAAGAUGGAUUCUCCCUGGAUUUGGAUUCGGCCACUCUUGAACUCGCUGCACAGCUUCAGCAGCCCAAGGCGACCGGGCCACCUCCGUCUCCUGUGAUCCGUGCCAGCGCGUCUCCAGCGCCGACCAUGUCCCCUGCCCCGUCCCGCCAAGGUGUUAAGCAUUCUACGGUGGCAGGUGUCAAUGCUCGUCAGCGAAAGCCGUUGCCGCCCAUCAAGUUCGAUUCUGCGGACCCCGCUGCAAUGAAACGGGCUCGCAAUACCGAGGCUGCUCGUAAGUCUCGCGCUCGCAAGCUCGAGCGUCAAGGCGAGAUGGAGCGCCGUAUUGAGGAGCUCGAGAAGUUGCUGGAAGAGUCCCAGCAGCGCGAGGAAUACUGGCGAAGCGUGGCCGAGAAGGGCUCGAAUUGA